UCGGCGGCAAUGACAAAGUAAAGUACUGCGAUUUGGAAAUUAAUUUAUUACUUUGAAGCAUUAAAAAUAAAUUUCCGUGCCUUGUGUGUUUUGAAUUAAAAAUAUUUUACUAAUAAUAUUCAAUAUGUUGUUUAAAGUUGACUCUAACCGAUCUGCAGUCACAAAUAAUGAAAAUAAUGAAUUUGAAGUACUCGAUGUAGAAAGACGCACUGUAAAUUAUGUAGAUUGUUCUAAACGAUUUUAUCAGGUAUCUCGAGAUUUUUCUCAACAAUACGCCCACAUAUAUUCAGCAAGAUUAAAUACCUUUAGAAAUAUAUUGAUUCCAAUAGUAAAAAAAAGAUGGUCUGACAAGUACAAAAUAUUAAAGUUGUGUGAAUUACGCGAUAAAGGCACAACAUGCAUCAUAAUGGGGACACUUUUCAAAUUACAAGAAUUAAAGCCGAGUAUUUUGAGGGAGCUCUCAGAUCAGCUUGAAAUAUUACCUCAACCAGCUAAAACUCAUUUUGUCCAUGAUACGGAUACUUUAGUAUUGGAAGAUGAACUACAAAGAAUAAAACUGUCUGGUGAUUGUAUUGAUGUUAACAAAGUAGUAACAGGUGUUGUCACUGCACUACUAGGAAGUGAGGAUGAAGAUGGAAUUUUUACAGUUAAAGAUGUGUGCUGGGCUGGCUGUUGUAUACAAAAACCAUUGCCAAACUUAAAUGAUGAUAGGUACAUAGUUUUUAUGUCAGGUCUUAAUCUUGCAUCCAAAACUGGAAAUCAUUUGUUUUCAUUAAACUUGUUAUUGGAAUGGCUAUCUGGGUUUUGUGGCACUUCAGAAUAUCAGGAGGAGAUUUCUAAAGUGGUCAGAGUUGUUAUAGCAGGUGGGAUAUAUGCAAAUCAAUCAAAUGAAUCAAUACUUAAUGAAUCUGAUGUAAUAGCUGCUUCAGAGGUGGUAGAUUCUUUUGCUGCUGCUGUCAGUGCAGUUGUACCUUUGGAUCUAAUGCCUGGUUGUAAGGAUCCUGCUGGGAUUAUGUUACCUCAAAAACCAUUUCACUAUUGUUUAUUUCCAAAAGCAGUGGAAUAUAAAUCAUUUAAUCGUGUUUCUAAUCCUUAUGAGUGUGAUAUUGGAGGGUUUGUAUGCUUGGGAACGUCUGGUGAGCCUGUAACAGAUGUAAUGCGGUAUAGCAAGCUUGACAAACCUUUAGAUGUCAUGAAAAAAACAUUAGAGUGGCGUCAUGUAGCUCCAACAUGUCCAGACACAGUCCCGUGCACCCCAUGCUUAGACACUGACCCUUUCACUAUUUACAAUUGUCCUGCAAUAUAUUUCAAUGGAAAUUGUGAUGAAUUCUCAACUGAACUUUUUACAGGAGAUGACCAACAAUCAAUCAGAUUGGUAUGUAUUCCUAACUUUUGUGAAACGAAAACAGUAGCUUUUGUUAAUCUAAAGAACUUGGAAUGCUACAGUAUGGUAUUUGACUGAUAAUAA